AUGAGUGCAACUCCACACCCGUUCAUAGAUUCAUUUGACCCAGAACCUGAGAGGACCUUUAGAGUUAGGAGAAGAGCCCAAAGGCAAAUCCCAAUCCCAAAUUUUGAAGAAAUGGAGAAUGUAGGAAAUGGAAAUGGAAAUGGGAAUGGAAAUGGGAAUGAGGAAGAAAUACCAAAGAUAGAAAACCCGCUUGUAAUAAAUGACAAUGAUAGGUCCAUGAUGGACUUCAUCAUACCUGUGUUGGAUGAGUUAGAUCCAAGCAUAGCUCAACCUGUGAAUGGAGUUUCCUUUAAGCUAGAACCGGUGAUGUUCACCAUGCUCCAAAACAUGGGGCAGUUCCAUGGGUUGUUGAUGGAAGACCCACACAAACACCUUAGAAAUUUCAUAGAAGUGGCCAACACUUUUAGGAAUCCCAACAUCUCGGAUGAUGUGCUAAGAUUAAAGCUUUUCCCUCAUUCACUGGCUGACAAAGCCAAAGAGUGGUUGAACUCUCUUCCAUCCAACUCCAUAACCAAUUGGCACACCCUUGCUGAGAAAUUCAUCAUGAAAUUUUUCCGCUCCAAUAAGAUAGUGCAAACUAGAGGUGAUAUUGCUAACUUCAUGAAGAGGGAUGGUGAGACAUUAGUGGAUGUGUGGGAGAGGUACAAGAACAUUCUUAAGCAAUGCCCCAACCAUGGUUUGCCCUCUUGGGCAGUGUUACAAACCCUUUACAAUGGCCUAAAUACUCAAAACAGGGCCUUGGCAGAUUCUGCUGCUAAUGGCAUGUUUAUGACUAUGUCCUUUAACCAAGCCCAUGAGUUGUUAGAACAAAUGACUCAAAGUUAUGCCCAAUGGCCUGAAGAGAGAAAUCAGCCAAGGAGAGUGGCUGGUUUACAUGAGAUAGACCAUUGCCCAUCCAACCCAGAAUCUGUGUUUUAUGUGGGAAACCAAAAUAGAAACCAAAAUAAUUUUUCCACUAAUUUUAAUCAAGGAUGGAGGCAGAAUCAACAACCCCAAUUUUUCCAAGGGCAAAGGCAGCAAGCUGGCCCUUCAAAUGCCCAAACCAAACCACAUUUUCCCUCCCAAAAUUACCAACAACCUUCAAGGCAGCAACCUUUUGCUCAGCCUAGUGAGCUGCAUAUUGCUCCACCAUCUUCCUUAGAAGCUUUGUUGAGGGAAUAUUUGGCUAAAAAUGAGACCAAGCAAAACAGCUUGGAAGCUGUUGUGCAAAGUAUUCCAGCAUCCUUGAGAAACAUAGAAUCCCAACUAGGCCAUUUAGCAAACACAAUGAAUACCAGACCCCCUGGUACCUUACCUAGUAACACUGAAGAGCCUAGGAGAAAUAAAGAGCAAUGCAAUAUGAUAGAGCUUAGAAAUGGCAGAUCUGUAAAUCAGCCAGAAGCUGUGCCCCCAAGGGGCUGCGCAUAG